UGUAUACUACUCAUCAUGUUGAUCGUCCUCUGCUGCAAUAAUACUGUGUUAUGUGUAGCUAGUGAAUUAUUGUGAUCAUCUCCUUAAAAUGGGACAUUGAAAAGGGUUUAUUGACACAAACCAGACAAGGCAACAUAAACGUAGUCUAUAUCUAGCUAACAAAGAUGUCUGUAAACCGCUUCAUUUUUCUGUUCUCACGAGUACCGCACAGAAUAUGCACCAAAUCUUUACGUAGCACAAACGCUCUGGUUGGCUAUCGUUGUGGUCGUUUUGGAUUUAUAACAUUUAAGGAACCCUUGUCUGGUUUUGUGUCCUUCCAACGCAGUGUUUCUUCGUCACGGCCGCCGGAUACCUCACUAUUUGUGCCUCUUACCAUCAAGAGUGAUGUUGGCAGCGAUGGUGAUGUGGGAGCUGAGCUCACGCAACCUUUGGACAAAAGUGAACUUCUCAAAAUUUUGAAUAAGUUCUACAAAAGGAAAGAGAUGCAAAAACUUGCUUCAGAUCAUGGUCUUGAUGCUCGUCUGUUUCAUCAAGCCUUCAUCAGUUUCCGAAAGUAUGUACUGGAGAACUCUAACCUCAGUGCAGACCUUCAUAUCAUCCUCAAUGAUUUAUGCUGUGGAGCAGGUCACAUAGAUGACCUUUACCCUUACUUCAUGAGACAUGCAAAGCAAAUAUUCCCCAUGCUAGACUGCAUGGACGAUCUACGCAAAAUCAGCGAUCUGCGUGUACCAGCUAAUUGGUACCCCGAGGCUCGAGCUAUACAGAGGAAGGUGAUAUUCCACGCUGGCCCCACCAACAGUGGAAAGACACAUCACGCAAUUCUGAGAUACUUAGCUGCCAAGUCGGCUGUGUACUGUGGACCACUGAAGCUUUUAGCCCAUGAGAUCUUUGAGAAGAGCAACAAUGCGGGAGUGCCGUGUGAUUUAGUGACCGGAGAGGAAAGAACAUUUGUGGAUGCAGAGGGGCGACAAGCGGAUCAUGUGGCCUGUACCAUCGAGAUGUGCAGUGUCACAACUCCAUAUGAGGUUGCCGUCAUUGAUGAGAUCCAGAUGAUCAGAGACCUGUCGAGGGGAUGGGCCUGGACCCGGGCUCUUCUGGGUUUGUGUGCUGAGGAGAUCCAUGUGUGCGGUGAGCCAGCCGCCGUUAACUUUGUCCGAGAGCUCAUGUACACGACCGGGGAAGAGGUGGAGGUUCGGAACUACAAGAGGCUCACUCCGUUCUCCAUCCUGGAUCAGGCCGUGGAGUCCCUCGAUAACCUGCGUCCGGGUGACUGCAUCGUCUGCUUCAGCAAAAACGAUAUUUAUUCCAUUAGUAGGCAGAUUGAGAUCCGAGGACUGGAGUGUGCAGUAAUCUACGGCAGCCUCCCACCCGGCACCAAGCUAUCUCAAGCAAAGAAGUUCAAUGACCCACAGGACCCAUGUAAGAUCCUGGUUGCAACCGAUGCCAUCGGGAUGGGACUUAACCUGAGUAUCAAGAGAAUCAUCUUUAACUCCCUGGUGAAACCCAGCAUGAAUGAGAAGGGCGAGAAGCAGAUGGACACCAUCUCCACAUCUCAGGCUCUCCAGAUCGCCGGGCGGGCUGGACGUUUCAGCUCCAUCUUCAAAGAAGGCGAGGUGACCACCAUGCACCGGGAAGACCUUCCCAUCCUGAAGGAGAUUCUCAGCCGGACUGUGGAAGUCAUCGAGACAGCUGGGCUGCAUCCCACCGCGGACCAGAUUGAAAUGUUUGCGUACCACUUACCCGAUGCCACUUUGUCCAAUCUGAUUGAUAUAUUUGUGAGCCUCUCGCAAGUUGACGGUUUGUACUUUGUGUGCAACAUCGACGACUUUAAGUUCCUGGCUGACAUGAUCCAGCACAUCCCCCUCAACCUGCGCUCUCGCUACGUCUUCUGCACGGCGCCCAUCAACAAGAAGCAACCCUUUGUGUGCACCUCCUUCCUUAAGUUUGCCAGGCAGUUCAGCAGAGAUGAGCCCCUUACCUUUGACUGGGUUUGUCGGCAUGUCCACUGGCCCCUGGUCCAACCCAUGAACAUCAAGGACCUCGUGCACUUGGAAGCAGUCCAUGACGUGCUGGACCUCUACCUUUGGCUCAGCUACCGCUUCAUGGACAUGUUCCCGGAUGCCAAUCGAGUCCGAGAAAUCCAGCAGGAGCUGGACAGCAUCAUCCAGAUGGGUGUGCGUAACAUCACACGACUUAUCCGAGCCACGGAGACCAGCGCCCCCUCUAUGACCGAUCCCGUGCCUAACCAGAAGAGGUUGGCACAGAGCCCGAUAUCCUUCCGGAAGAUCCGAAGAUUACCCAAGGCCCAGGACAUUAUAGAAGAGGGUGAGCCGCUGGACCGGUCCUUAGGAUCUCGCCUGGUACAGGAAGGCCUCCUGACCCCUGACCUCUUAAGGCAACUGCAGAUGGAGUGGUCUAAGGUGCACCAGGAUGAGGAACGAGGGGUCAAACUGGUAGCAGGAACUUUGAAUGAUAAAACUAAAGGGAGAAAGAAAAAGAAGUGACCCAGACAAAACGAAAAGAGAACAAACAAGUUGUUUCACGCAUUUUCAGUGACUGAACGUGUUUAAGAAUGUGUACAUAUCUAUGUGUAGGUCCCAGCUUUCCUCUAUAUUUGCAUAAAAUACUUGUACAUUUUGUGGCCCAAAGGGUGAAGUAAAAUUUUGAAGUAAUGUCUUA